AUGGCGAAUUCCAAGUUUGAAUAUGUCCGAAAUUUCGAGCAACCAGACUCGUUGCUACUUAACACAUGGAUUGUAGUCCGUAUCGACGGACGGGCUUUUACGAAGAUGUGCGCGAAAUAUAACUUUCAAAAGCCCAACGACCGUAGAGCAUUGGACCUCAUGAAUGUGGCGGCCAAGGCUGUCGUCACUGACCUUCCUGAGAUCAUCAUAGCUUAUGGAGUGAGCGAUGAGUACAGCUUUGUUCUACACAAGACUUGUAACUUGUUCGAGCGACGCGAUAGCAAGCUGGUCAGCACCAUUGUUUCUACAUUCACGGCAAACUAUGUCUACUCAUGGUCAACAUGCUUUCCCGAUACGCCAUUGUCCUUUCCGCUGCCCACUUUUGACGGCCGAGCCGUAUGUUAUCCAAGUGUUCAGAAUCUGCGGGACUACUUGAGUUGGCGGCAAGUAGAUUGUCACAUUAACAACUUGUAUAAUACCACAUUCUGGUCGUUGGUCCAGCUUGGCGGACUUGACAACAAGGACGCAGAAAGAACGCUAGCUGGUACGCUGGCAGCAGACAAAAACGAGAUAUUAUUUUCAAGAUUUAACAUCAACUAUAACAAUGAACCAGAAAUCUUCAAAAAAGGCAGUGUCAUAUUUAGAGAUUAUGAACUAGUUGAUCCUGAAAGUCACUCCGUUUCUGCAGAAAUGGAUGAUUUGGCCGAGCCUGUUCGGCAAUCGAAAACACAGGCUGAGAAGGACAGGAAGAAAAGAGCCAAAGCACGUGUUGUAUUAGAGCACCUGGAUAUCAUCAAGGAUGACUUUUGGGAUAGACGGCCGUGGAUAUUAUCGAAUAAACCAGGGCAAGGACCGAAGGAAACUUGA